CACAAAUCCAAACAACAAAACAAGAAGCAAGCAAGAGAAGAGAAGAAGAACAGCGCGCAACAAACAAGCAGCAGUUACAGCCCCCUCUGUUCUUGUCUGUCUUGCUUCUUUUGCUGCUGAUGAUCGUGGACCUGGGCUCACCGUCAGCACCUGACACGCGUUCAAGAAGCCAAACUGGGGCUGCUUUGAGCCAACGACUUGAGUUGGCUUUGUAUCCACGCCCUUCCACCUGUCCUCUGUGUGCUCACGGUGAUCUGUUGCGGCCUGCUUUCUUCCCAGCGCCACAGCGUUGCAUAACACAGGCGACAACGGUCUGCCCAGCACUUACACGCGUGUGGUGAUGGAUGUCAAUGACAACAUGAUGCACAAAGGAAGCACUCCCUCAUCUUCGCUAUCGCCGUCGGCGCCUCCCUCGUCAUUCUCUCAGUUCGGAGGACCGACGCCUUCCGCUCCGUCGGGGAAAGACACGCGCAACCGUGGGCGUCGCAAUCAGCAACAGCAACAACAGCAGCAACAGCAGCAACAGCAACAACAGCGCAAGCAGCAGAAGCGGGAGCAGAAGAAGAAAGGUGACGGCAUCGCACCAACGGCCCGAGGCCUGCGUCCAGCAAACGCUUCAUCCAUGGCCUCUCCACGGGAGCCGCAGACCAAGCCGCCCAAGUCUGCCGACGACAGCGCAGACAGCCCUAUCGAUCCACUGGCGAGCGCCGCCACUGCAACCACCACCACCGCCACCUCCUCUGCCAAGAAGAACAAGAGGAAGAACAAGAAGAAGAAGACCAAGGCACCGUUCCCACACCCCCACCACCAGCAGCAACAACAAGGCCGCGGCGGCAGCGGUGGCGUGGAUGUCGUCACCAGCAGCGGCGGCCGAAAGGCCAGCGCCAGCGACCUGCUUGGCUUUGUGUAUGAGACACGCGGGGUGUCUGCCCGCAGCCUCCGCCAACACCUUUCGCGCGCGCGCUGGAGCGAGGAGGUGCGCGAGGCGAGACGCCGCCCAAAGUACGUGGAGCCGCUCACCAAGGAGCAGUAUAUCCAGGCCACGUGUCGAUUCUACGUGCGGCAGGCCGUCAACUGCUCGGCGUGCUACCUUGAUCCAGACGAACCCAUUGACUGGAACAUCAUCGAGCAGGUGGUGAUGCGAACGCGUGGUCGGCAGUCGUGCCCCAUCUGCCUGGACCCGCCCGUCGCCGCCAAGAUCACCCGCUGUGGCCACGUCUUCUGCUGGUCAUGCAUCCUGCAUCAUCUGACGACAACCACGCGUGGCUUCAACAACUGCCCGCUGUGCGAGGAUUUGAUUGACCCCAGGGAUCUCAAGAGCGUUGUGCUGGUGCACGUGCACCACCCUGCCACCAACGCAACCAUGGCCCUGGAUCUGCUGUGCCGCACAUCCACGUCGCUGCUGGUUGUGCCGUCGUCCGUGCGCCCGCCACACCGCUCCAUCGGCCCCGCCGACGUCUCCGCACUCAAGCUGCGGUGCCCGGAGCACUUGAAGGUGGUGCCGCUGACAGACGCGGAGCUGCUGUUGAAUGUUCUGCAGCGGGAGGCGCGAGAACUGACGGCGGACACCGUCGACAGCGACGACGCGUUUGUUCAGUCGGCCCGUGCUCGCCUCCUACAGCGGUGGCGGCUGUGCGACCCACACCUCCCGACACACGCCAACGUGCACGACAUUGCUGCGCUCGCAUUUGAGACGACAACGGCACCAAAGGCGGAAGAAGGGAAGAGGAGUGGUGACGCGAGAAUGCCGACACAGCUGCUGCCAGUGGCGCCGUGGGAAGACGUGGAGAGAAUGAGAGCCGAACAUGCGCGCGAUCACGGGAGAACGACGGACCGUGAUGUACAGCAGCCAGCAGCAUCGACAACAACGUUGGCUCGCGAUGCAGCUGUUGGUGAGAGAAAGGGUAGGCACGAGCAUACAGCAGAGAAGGCUGUGCCAGUUGCGAUGGCACACAAACUGAAUCCACAAGCAGAGGAAUACGUUCCGUCGUCGCUGUUGCCACCGCCAUCGCUGCAAUCAACAGUGACACACCACAACGACACCGACACCACAAAUGGCGAUGGUGAUGGUACCCGUGGGGAUAGUGGGAACGAUGGUACUCGUGGCACGGGUGGCCAUGGUGAUGAUGCACAGUGCUCCUCGGAAUCUUCCCUUCCGCCGCACUGGCGCGAACCGCUGCCGCCAACCCCAGGUGCAACGCAACCACCAUCAUCGUCAUCAUCGUCGCCACCAGCGCCUUCGUCGGGGGUUGGCGCUGCUGCUGGCGUGGACGAUGCAGUGUUUUUCUACCAGAGCAGCGACACGCAGCCCAUCUUCCUCCACCCGCUCAACAUCAAGUGCCUCAUCAAGGAGUACGGCAGCCUGGCUGCCUGCCCCGCCACCAUCAGGGGCCGUGUGGUUGAGGUGUCGACACAUGCCCUCGACUCGUCGACACGCUCUCGUCUCAAGCACCUCGCCCACGUGCCGCUGCGCACGUCGUACGAACUUGUUGAGCUCGAUCUGCACCACCUCCUCUCCGCAGACACACGCGCACAGUUUUCGGGCGACAUCCAGCGACGACAGCAGCGGCGGCGCAAGCGACGGGCAGCGGAGAACAAGAUGGCGCGGGAGAUUGAGACACGCCAGCGUGAGGAUUUGCAACGGUUCAUGCACGAAUACGCCGUUCCUGCAGAUGACGUGCGCGUCGAGGACUUGAAGGACUUCCUGCCCCAGCCCCAGGAGCGACCAGUGCACGACGAUGACGACAACGCUCGUCACGCAGCAUCCCGCUUCUCAUCCGCCGUGUCCAGGGGCAUCAUGGCAGAUGCCCCCGUGUUGAGUGCAGAGCUCUUCUCAUCGUCACCGAAGAAGCGGCAGCAGCAGCACGGAGGAGGUGGUGGUGGUGAUGAUGGUGGUGAUGGUGCGAAGAAGGGCAGCGUGUGGGGGAAGCCACACCGCAACGUGAGUGCGCCACCAGCGACGGCGUGGGAUGCCGAGACCACCAGCACCGCCGCCAGCAGUGCACAACAGCGUGUGAGAGCAAAGGGCCCACGAUUGCGCACGGCGGCCCAUUCGCCAAUGGAGCGACGGUCCCACGUGAUUGGCGGCGAUGGCGGUGUGCAGCAGAGCACCGACUCUGAGGACGCGUAUGACCUUGAGGAGGCGUAUGCGCCCCGCAAUUACAGCGAUUCUGUGUUGCAGGACUGGGGAGCGUGGACGGCAACCAUGCAAUCCUCGCCGUCAUCAUCAUCGUCAUCAUCCAGCCGUCGCAAGGGGAAGAAGAGCAAGAAGAAGCAGCUUCUUUUCUCAACCAGCAGACCGGGCCAGUGACGUUGUGCGGGAUUGCUCUAAUCGCCUGUGCCUGUGCGCGUGUGCGUGUGUGCGUGUGUGCGUCUGUGUGUGUGUGUGUGUCUGUGUGUGUGUGUGUGUCGUGUAAAUGUUGUGUAUUUGUCAUUUGUCUUGUGUUUGUGUCUGUGUGUGUGUGUGUCUGUGUAUGUCGUGUAUAUGUUUGGUCGUGCUUGAAGGACAGUGCAAUAAACGUAUGAUUGAACCCAA